CCCGGCGCCCCAGGGCCCGCCCGCCCUCAGCCAUUCCCGGAGGCCCGGAGACCUGCUCCACCCGGCCCUCCGUGGGUGAGUGUGAGCAGCGGGCAGCGGGAGGGGCCUCCGAGGGCGGAGGGGCCCGGAGCCGGGGCGAAGGCUGUCAUCGCUCCAGGCCCUGCAGGAGGACCCGCCAACAUCCUCGCUGCUGCGCUGGGCCGGGGCGUGCCCGCGGCUGCACCCUCAUCUGGGCCCCGGCUGUGGCCGCCCGGGGCCUGCGGUUGCUCGACUUUGCCGGCAGAGCCUCACACCCGGGCUCUACCCCCACGAGGACAGCGGCGUGGGGCCACGGCCAGCUGGCUGACCCACGGAGGCUCCGGCCAUGCCCAUCUGGCCCUGGGGGCUGCUGGUGACCGCGGGCACGCUCUUGGCCGCGCUGAGCCCGGGGCCGCCAGCGCCCGCUGACCCCUGUCAUGAGGAGGGGGGCGCCCCGCGAGCCUGCGUGCCUGGCCUGGUGAAUGCGGCCUUGGGCCGCGAGGUGCUGGCGUCCAGCACGUGCGGGCAGCCCCCCACGCAGGCCUGCGAUUCCUCCGACCCGCGGCGGGCACACCCCGCGGCCCUCCUGACCCUGGCAGGGGGCACUGCCAGCCCCCUGUGCUGGCGUUCCGACUGGCUGACGCAGGCGCCCCUCAACGUGAGCCUCACAGUACCCCUGGGCAAAACUUUCGAGCUGGUGUUUGUGAGCUUGCGCUUCUGCUCCACGCCCCCCACCUCAGUGGCCCUGCUCAAGUCGCAGGACCACGGCCGCAGCUGGGUCCCGCUGGGCUUCUUCUCCUCCUGCUGUGGCCUGGACUAUGGCCGCCUGCCUGCCCCUGCCAAUGGCCCAGCCGGUCCCGGGCCUGAAGCUUUGUGCUUUCCUGAGCCCCAGACCCAGCCUGAUGGCGGUGGCCUUCUGGCCUUCAGUGUGCAGGAUAGCAGCCCGCCAGGCCUGGAUCUGGACAGCAGCCCGGUGCUCCAAGACUGGGUGACCGCCACAGACAUUCGAAUAGUGCUCACGAGGCCUGCCAUGCUGGGGGACACCAGCGACUCCGAGGCCGUGGUCCCUUACUCUUACUCAGCCGCUGAGCUCCAGGUGGGCGGGCGCUGCAAGUGCAAUGGGCAUGCUUCAAGGUGCUUGCUGGACACCCAGGGCCACCUGAUCUGCGACUGCCGGCAUGGCACCGAGGGCCCCGACUGUGGCCGCUGCAAGCCCUUCUACUGCGACAGGCCCUGGCAGCGGGCCACAGCCCGGGAAGCCCACGCUUGCCUUGCUUGCUCCUGCAAUGGCCAUGCCCGCCGCUGCCGCUUCAACAUGGAGCUGUACCGAUUGUCCGGCCGUCGCAGUGGUGGUGUCUGCCUCAACUGCCGGCACAACACUGCCGGCCGCCACUGCCAUUACUGCCGGGAGGGCUUCUAUCGCGACCCGGGCCGUGCACCGAAUGACCGCCAUGCUUGCAGGGCCUGUGACUGUCACCCUGUUGGUGCUGCUGGCAAAACCUGCAACCAGACCACAGGCCAGUGUCCCUGCAAGGAUGGUGUCACUGGCCUCACCUGCAAUCGCUGCGCCCCUGGCUUCCAACAGAGUCGUUCUCCAGUGGCACCCUGUGUUAAGACCCCUGCCCCUGGACCCACUGAGGAGAGCAGCCCUGUGGAGUCGCAGGACUGUGAUUUGCACUGCAAACCCACCCGGGGCAGCUACCGCAUCAGCCUGAAAAAGUUCUGCAGGAAAGACUAUGCGGUGCAGGUGGCGGUGGGUGCGCGCGGCGAGGCGCGUGGCUUGUGGACGCGCUUCCCAGUGGCCGUGCUCGCCGUGUUCCGGAGCGGCGAGGAGCGCGCACGGCGCGGGAGCAGCUCACUGUGGGUGCCCACACGGGAUGCUGCCUGCGGCUGCCCACACCUGCUACCUGGUCGCCGCUACCUGCUGCUGGGUGGCGGGCCAGGGGCGGCGGUCGGGGAUCCAGGGGGCCGAGGGCCCGGUCUCAUCGCCGCUCGCGGGAGCCUCGUGCUGCCCUGGCGCGACGCGUGGACGCGGCGCCUUCGGAGACUGCAGCGCCGCGAGCGGCGGGGGCGUUGCAGGGCGGCCUGAGCCCGCGGGCCAGGCUGGGGCUGGGCGGGGCGCUACUCCC